CCCAUAUCCGUACACAAACACAUACACACACACACACACACACACACAUACACAUACACACAUCGCCCCUACCCACACACCCAUAUAUACCUAACUCACCAGACAACUGCCUGGUCACAUAUCAAUUGAAGGGGAGAGGACUUGGUCACUUUCUGUCAGAUAAUGUCGUUAUCAUCGCGCAUCUAUUUCCCGCCACUCGGGCUGCUCUGUUUUAUCAGCCUGACAAGUAGUUGGUCAUACUUGGAACCUGGAGGAACCAUCGACUGGUCGUCAAAGAACAACACCUGUGACGAAACCUUUCAGUCCCCAAUCGAUAUCAUCACGUCGGAGGCCAUCGAUAAACGCUUUCCUCCUUUUCAUAUGGAACACUACAGCACCACCGCCGAUGGCGCACGCAUCGUCAAUAACGGGCACACCGUGGAGGUACAUCUGAACCAAAGUCCAGCACCUACUCUGUCUGGCGGCGGACUCGAUGGUAUAUAUACAGCAGUACAGUUUCAUUUUCACUGGGGUUCCUCCGAUAAUUAUGGUUCCGAACAUUUUCUCGACGGCAACUCUUUCCCGAUGGAGAUGCAUAUCGUCCACUAUUCCCAGAAAUACCCUAAUAUAUCGGAGGCCCUCACGAAGAAGAACGGUUUAGCUGUGCUGGCUAUUUUCUUCGAAGUAACCAAUUGCAAUAACACAGAAUUCCAAUGCAUUAUAAAAAAACUCCCAAGUCUACGAAACCCUGGAUUCCCGACCCGUGUGUAUUGCAAUCUCCUCAAACUGUUGCCCAAAAAUUUCGAUGACUUUUUCCGCUAUUCCGGAAGUUUGACAACGCCACCAUGCUCAGAAUCCGUUGUAUGGACAGUUUAUCCAAAAGCGGUUAAAAUCUCGUCUUGGCAGAUUAAUCAGCUCCGUACGCAGCUGAUCCGGAUUUAUGACGGUGACAGGACCGUUUUGGUAAACAACUUCAGAGGCCUGCAAUCGCGAAAUAAUCGUAGGAUUUAUAAAAGCAUCAUUGAUUCCGGUGCAACGCUUCCAAGACAAUUCAGCCAACUAGUUUUCCUUCUGGUCAUGAUAUUGUCAGUGGCGAAUUUAGAGCUCUUUUCCUCAGCUGGUGUUAUAUAAUAUAUACCUUACAUGCAGACGUCCUUUCAUGCACGCACAUACAUACACACACACAUACACACAUAAAUACAUACACACAGACCGACCAAAGCAAACAUUCACACACACAAUUUCACUCUCAC